UCUGCCUGGAUACCUGUGUGCACAGUACACACGUGGAUGUACCCAGGGCAUAUACCUCCACAUACAUGGCACAUAACUGCAUUUUGUAGGCCUGCAGUGUACAAAACCUAUACAUAAUAUAUAAUUCAUGGCAGUACACAUGGGACGCUCGCCCUCAGCUCCAAAACCGGAACCUAAUGGAGACGGGGCGCGAUCCGGCGAAGUCCAGGAGCCCUCACCCCAGCCCCUGCCCGGCAGAGCACAAUAGCUUUGUGGGACCCUCCUUCUGGAGCUGGGGACCAAGGGCAGAGACUUGAAACUGGAGAGCUCAGGAUCCUGCACCAGGCGCCCAGGCCUGUGGCAAGAGGGACUUCAUAGAACACCUCCCUCGGAACUUGGCCAUGGCCUAAACAGAAGGCUGCUGCGUGCAUUCCCGCAGAGCUCCGUGGCCUCAUGGCCGCGCGCAAUACAACGCGCGCGCACGCCGCCAGAGCUCCGGCUGCUUCCCGGUGAGUUCGCGCGCGCACGCUCCCGCGCCACCGGCACUGGAACUGGGUCUGUGAGGCGGGGGAAAAGCUUAGCCCCGCCCCCUCGCCACGAGAGGCGCCUGCGCAGUGGGAUACAGUAAGCUUUUUCUCACGCUGUCUGUCCGGCUUGAGUGGAGCGAAUGCGCACGCGCCAAUUGCGCCUGCGAGGAAGAAGUCACGUGGCAGCCGGAAAGCGUGGCGGCUGCUACUAGAGCCUUUCCUUUUACCGCCCCCAAGAAGCUGAGCGACAACAACGACGUCGUUUCCGUUUUCACCACCUCUUCCUUUUCCCGUCCUCGAGGACGCCGUGCCGGGCCAGUGUUAGCCUCCAGCCCUGGUUGUGGAAGGCGACAGAAGUCAUGGCGAUGUUUGAGCAGAUGAGAGCCAACGUGGGCAAGUUGCUCAAGGGUAUCGACAGGUACAAUCCUGAGAACCUGGCCACCCUGGAGCGCUAUGUAGAGACACAGGCCAAGGAAAAUGCCUAUGAUCUGGAAGCCAACCUGGCUGUCCUGAAGCUGUACCAGUUCAACCCAGCCUUCUUUCAGACCACGGUCACCGCCCAGAUCCUGCUGAAGGCCCUCACCAACCUGCCGCACACAGACUUCACUCUGUGCAAGUGCAUGAUCGACCAGGCACAUCAAGAAGAACGGCCAAUCCGACAGAUUUUGUACCUCGGGGACCUGCUGGAGACCUGCCACUUCCAGGCCUUCUGGCAAGCCCUGGAUGAAAACAUGGACCUCUUGGAAGGUAUAACUGGCUUUGAAGACUCUGUCCGAAAGUUUAUCUGCCAUGUUGUGGGUAUCACUUACCAGCACAUCGACCGCUGGCUGCUGGCCGAGAUGCUCGGGGAUCUGUCGGACAGCCAGCUAAAGGUGUGGAUGAGCAAAUACGGCUGGAGUGCCGACGAGUCGGGGCAGAUCUUCAUCUGUAGCCAAGAAGAGAGCAUUAAACCCAAGAACAUUGUGGAGAAGAUUGACUUUGACAGUGUGUCCAGCAUCAUGGCCUCCUCCCAGUAACUUCAGGUGUUUAAUAAAGAUGUGUUGACUCAGC